AUGAUUAACGAGGACGGAAAGCUUGUGGAUCUCUACAUCCCGAGAAAAUGCUCCGGAACGAACCGCAUCCUAUCGGCAAAGGACCACGGGGCAGUGCAAAUCAACAUCGGACUGGUCGACGAAAUGGGAGUGUACACGAACUCGAACUACACGCUGGCGCUGAGCCCGGAGAUGAGGCAGAGAGGAGAUGCCGACGAGGUGGUAAACAGGCUUCUGAGGGACGAGGGACUCAUGCAGCCAAACAAUUAA